AUGGACCUGUCGAAGUCGAUUGCGUCCUGGUACGAUCCGCCCGCGGCCCGCGCGCCGCCCGAGCCAGCGCGGGACCUCGCACAGCCAUGCUCCUCGGACGCCCACCCCGCGGGCGCUGCGGCCGAAGCGCACUCGCGGACCUACGUCGAGUCGCUGUACGGGUACCUCCCGAGCUGGAAGAGCUACGCCUCGCUGCAAAGCAAGGUCAUCAAGUAUCCGAGCGUGGCGUGGAACCUGUUUCGGUCCGUCGUCGGGGACCGGUCGUACAUUUCCGUUAUCGACUCGACUGUGCUUCUGGGGGCCGUGCCGCUCGCGGGGCACCUCGACGAGCUGCGCGAAGCGGGCGUGCGCGGCAUCCUCACGCUCGUUGAGGACGCGGAAGUGAUGGUCGACAGCAAACAAAUCGAAGCGGGCGGGUUCCGACAGAUGCACAUGCCGAUCGUCGACAUGCACUCCCCGGCCCAGGACGAGCUCGUCGAGGCCGUGCGCUUCCUCCAAUCCUUCGCGGAGCGCGGCGAGCGCGCGCUCGUGCACUGCCGCGCCGGCAAGGGCCGGAGCGCCACUGUUGCCGUCUGUUACGUCGCCGCCCAGUACGAGAUGGACGCAGCGCAGGCGCUGCGGCACGUCAAGCACUGUAGGCCGCAGGUGUCGCUCACGCCGCCGCAGAAGAAGGCCGUCGCCCAGUUCGUCCGCGAGGGUCGUGUGGCGCGCGUGGUGGCCGUGGCGCCGUCCGUCCGCGCGGUGCCGCUGGGACUCCCGGGCCACUCGCGAUCUUUCAAACGCGAAGGGGGCUCCACCGGCAUGGCCAGCAGCGUCGCGCUGCCGGUGUCGCACGCGCCGGCGGCGCCGCCAACGCCACCGCUCCCGCAGAGGCCCGGCGGAGAGGAGCUCGCCGAAGUGACCGCCGCCGGCGGGUAG